AUGAACUUAUUAGAUGUGGAGAAUGGGAUGAAAAACGGCUGCGUUUCGCUUCCUUUCGAGUUACAACCAGAGACCAUAGCGAUCCAAGAAGCUGUCAAAGUCAUAUUAAAAGGUCUUGGUGAAGAUCUCAAUCGUGAAGGCAUUAAAAAAACUCCAUUUCGUGUCGCCAAGGCUCUCCGACAAGGAACCAGAGGUUAUAAACAAAAAGUAAAAGACUUUGUACAGAGUGCUCUGUUUCCAGAGACAGGGCUAGACGAUGGACAAGCAGGAGGAGUUGGUGGUCUUGUAGUUAUCCGAGAUCUUGAUCACUACUCUUACUGUGAAUCUUGUUUACUUCCUUUUCAAGUCAAGUGUCACAUAGGAUACGUCCCUUCUGGCCAACGUGUUCUUGGCCUAAGCAAGUUCUCUAGAGUCACUGACGUUUUCGCUAAGCGGCUCCAGGAGCCUCAGCGUUUAGCUGAUGAGAUAUGUUCAGCUCUGCAGCAUUGGGUGGAACCUUCUGGAGUUGCUGUGGUUCUUCAGUGCUCUCAUCCUCACCAUGGUUUUGUGGAGUUAAUAACGGUUAAAUCCGGUUCAGGGAGUUUUGAGGAUGAGAGUUCGGAGCUUUGGUGUGAGUUUCUGACUCUUUUGAAGUUCAAAGGCGUGAAACUAAGUAGAGAUGUCUCUGUGGUGGGAGACUGGUGCCCGUUUGUUACUGAGAACUCAGAUGCAGACUCAGAAAUGGUAUCUGCUGUAGUCUCUAUUCUGAGAGCUUUAGGAGAAGAUCCCUCAAGGAAAGAGCUAGUUUCCACUCCGAACCGGUUCCUUAAAUGGAUGAUGAAGUUCCAGAACGUUAACUUUGAGAUGAAACUGAACAGAUUGGACUGCAAAUUUGAGGAGAGAAGAUUGUGUUGUGAGAUGAAUAUCAAGUUUUGGUCAAUGUGUGAGCAUCAUUUACUUCCUUUCUAUGGAGUUGUGCAUGUUGGUUACUUCUGUGGUGAUGGGUCCAAACCUGUGGAGAGGUCGUUGGUGGAGUCUAUUGUAAAGUUUUAUGGGUUUAAGCUCCAAGUGCAAGAGAGGAUGACUAGGCAAAUAGCUGAGACAUUGUCACCACAGGUUCAUGGGGAUGUGAUUGUGGUGGCAGAAGCUGCGCAUACUUGUAUGAUCUCCAGGGGGAUUGAGAAGUUUGGAAGUAGUACAGCUACAGUUGCGGUUUUAGGUCGGUUUUCGAGUGACCUUUCAGCAAGAACUAAGUUUCUAGAGAGUAUUCAGAAAACAUAGUAGAAGAGAGGCAUAUUGUCUCUUACAUGAUUAGAGGAUCAAAGACAAAUCAGUGUGUUCUACUUGAUUCCUUCUUUUUACCAUUGUUUUUGUGUUAUGAUUUCUCAUGCCUAAGUAUUUUUGGUUUUGGCUUUGAAAUGUAUUUGCUAUGUUCUUCUGAUUAUAAUAC